AUGAUUAUGACCGGAAGCCACUCAUAUAUAGCCAAAUACACGGUCUAUGACACGAAAUCACAUAUAGGAGUACCGCUAGUGAUGCCCGACUCGUCUGAAUACCUACAACACGCCGGUUGGGCACCAAAUGCUAAUCAACUCAUUGUAAUCCAUAAAAACAACAUUUACUUCUACUUCCGAAUUGGGGACCAACCCAUUCAGAUCACCACUAAUGGUAGGGAGGGAUUCAUAUACAACGGCAUUCCAGAUCUCAUGUAUGAGGAGCACAUACUUAAGACACAUCUGACGUAUUGGUGGCUAAACGACGGCUCCCGACUCUGUUACGCCUCCUUCGACAACACACUUGUCGAUCAGAUGCCAUACAUUAUAUACGGGGCCACAAACGCCAGCUCUCAGUCCAGACCAUUAGCAGUAGGUGGUGGCGGAGACAACGACUACCCCAAAGUCUAUACCUAUCCAUACCCUAAGCCGGGUCGUGAGAUAUCUAAAGUGACGUUAACAGUGGUUGACAUAAGUGCGCCCAAUUACGUGCGCGCCCGUACACAAGUGAUACCACCCGACGAGAUAAGGGGUUGGGAUCACUACAUAACAGCACCGGUAGUGUGGAUCACCAAAACAAGCAUAGCUGUGGUCUGGUCCCGAAGAUCGCAAAACUAUACCGUCGUUAGUAUAUGUAAAGAGGAGACCAAUUGGGUCUGCAAUAAGUUGAUUGAGGAACAGUUGAGUGGACCCAAGGGGUGGCUGAUGGUGGACGAGGGGCCGGUAUUCUCGGACGACAAGAAGUAUAUGUUUAUGCGACUGCCGGUGGCUGACGGCACGUUUGGUACAUACGAUCACAUCGCUAUGAUAUACACCGAAAGCGGGAAAAAAUAUUUCUUAACCCACGGCCAGUUCGUUGUCACCAAAAUAUUCGCCUAUCGAUCCGAUUUGCAUACUUUAUACUUUGCGGCCACAGUAUAUAACGAUCCCGGGAGCAGGCACAUAUUCUCGGUGACGGACAUGAAUUCUCUGAACCCAAGAAAAAUUGAAUGCCUUUCAUGUAAUGCUAGCGAAAAAUGUUGGUUUAAUAACGCGAUAUUCAGCCCUAACGGACGCUAUUAUGUAUCCGAGUGUUUAGGGCCUGAGAUUCCGACAAUACAUCUGUUGUCAGUCGAUGAAAACAAAUUCAUUGAAACUCUGGACACGACCGCAAAAUUGCGGACAGAAUUGGAGACAAAGAUGAUGCCUAAAAUAAAAUACCUAACGAUUCCCAACGAUAAGGGGCCCGACAUUCGAGUGGAACUCAUUUUACCCCAAAGUCUCAUUGAAGACGAAGACACCAAAUAUCCAGCGGUUAUUGAAAUCAAUAAUCUACCGAACACUCAAUCAGUGAACUACGAGUACCGACUCGAUUGGUCCCGAUAUUUGACGAGUAAAAAGGAUUACAUCACUAUUCAUAUCGACGGCAGAGGCACCGGAUAUCAGGGAAACCGACAUAUGUUUGAAGUAAUCGGGGAAUUAGGCAAAGAAGAGAUCCACGACUUGAAGAUUGCCAUUAAUUAUCUGAAAAAGAAGUUGCCGUACAUUGAUGAGGACAAGAUCGUGGUGUGGGGCCGGGACUACGGGGGCUUCAUAACCAUGUCAUUGUUGGCCACCACUGAGCCCACCACAGAUAAGAAACACCCAAAUAUGGACAUGGUCACCUGUGCCAUUGCUGUCACUCCCAUAUCAAACUGGAAAAAUUAUUUGUCGGUGUUUUCCGAGCGCUAUAUAGGACAGCCCUACUCUAACUAUGACAUCAAUUACCAGAACUCGCGAUUGACUCAAAUAAUUGAACAAAAACACAACAAUCUGAAGAAGAAGACAUUCCUCUUAGUUCACGGCACGAGUGAUAAACGGGUGAACAUCGACCACACAAUGCUACUUAUGAAGGAGUUGACCGAUAAGUCGAUUCAGUUCAAAGUCCAGUUGUAUCCGGACAGUGGUAUCAUAGAGUCGUGGGAGCGGUCGGUUCGCAAGCACUUCUACCUAACAAUGGAGGACUUCUUUGCCAAAUGCUUCCAAGUGGAGGACCAGGAGGAGGCCCUCGAUCUCAUCAACUUAACCCCGUGGAAGAAGAAUGCGCCCAAAGUAUAGGUGCCACUAAAUCCUUGUAAUGUAUCGUACGGUUGAAUGUAAUUCAAUAUAUUUUGAGCCAUUUGUCAUCUAUUCCUCUGUCGCCAAAGAUAUGAGUGACACAAAAAUGUUUGUCUCUUUUGAAAACAUAAGACUCUAAUUAUUUGAUAACAUAUUUAAUCGCUUUUUAUAUGGAUUUAGUGAAUACGCCUUCCAUUCAAACACAAUGAAAGCUAAUGUAUUGUAUAAUUGAGAUGAAAGGACUUUUAGUUGAAUAUCAAUCCCAUUUCAUCUAGUACACAGUAAUUCAGA